UCGUUUCUCUAGAGACAGUUGCAUUUUUUUAGUGGAGUGCAUUUUUUUUGCUGUUGCAAAGGGGAGUGAAUUUGUACAAGCGGUUGUGAGGAGAUCAACUGCGCUGGAGAGUUUUACAGGAAACUUAAUUCAAUUCUACAAGACAAGAUGCUUCAGUAUCAGAGGAGCUGUGAAUGGAGCUGGACAAUUUGGGAUGGUCAGCAAGCAGUUAAAUUCCUAGCCUUAUGAAAGAGGAAAGGUUGCUGAUGAAACAGUUGAAGGCUUUGGCCGCUCCUUUGAACGAUAGGUGCAACUAAUGAGUCCAACCACCGAAAGUCAGAACUCUUUGACUAAGUUUGACAGCUGAACACCUCUAUAAUGAUGGCAUUUAAAGGGGUGAAACCUUGAUAGGUUCCCAGGAGCAAACAGUAGAGAAGGAGCCUUGCAUAGUAGCUAUUAUGGUGUUGCCAAGCAAGCGUUUGAGGAACAAGCCGGUUGUGAAGGAGCAAAAAGACAUGGAGUUGCAGGAAGACAAAGCGACAGAAAACCUGAGCACACUACACCCUGCCCUUUGCGAUGGAGACGAUGGAGAUGAGAAGAAGGCUGAAAAAUUUACUUGCCGCAUUUGUGAAAAGAGCUUCACCUUCCUCAGUGUUCUGUCGGUCCACAUGCGGACCCAUACUGGUGAGAAACCCUAUAAAUGUCCGUAUUGUGGCCAUAGAGCUUCUCAGAAAGGGAACCUUAAAAUACACAUCCGGACGCACAAAAUGGGAGACUUGAGUGAGGGGCAUGAAAUGAAUUUGGGAGAGCAACAACUCAAAGAGCCCAGUGCUUCGGACAGCUUGGAUACGUCCGCCAGCUCUGCCCAGAGUAUCCCAUCCUGCGGUAAGACACAGGUAGAGAAUGGGAAGAUUGUUCUAAGGAGGCUUAAAAAAGAGAAGGAGGUUCUGCUGAAUGCCAGUGAUAGUGCCUUCACAUUCCAAUGUUCGUGUUGUAAAGGAAGGUUUGAGAAGCAGGACCAAUUGGAUCAGCACAUGCAACUACUGCACAAGUCAUAUAAGUGCAGACUUUGCGAGUAUGUCACGCUAAGGGACGAUGAAUUGCUGAGCCAUAUAGAAAAAAUCCAUAUCACAGUGGAAAUGCCAAAAAACGAAGGGGAGAGUGAGAAGGUUGAACACCCCGCCAGUGAGUUCACGUGUGAAACAUGCCAUCAGACCUUCAACCAGUCCUGGUUUUUGAAAGCUCACAUGAAGAAACACAACAGCUCCUUCGAGUAUGGCUGCCAUGUCUGCGGGCGCAGGUUCAAGGAACGUUGGUUCCUCAAGAACCACAUGAAGGUGCACAGUGCCAGGAACAGAAACAGAAACAAAGUCAGUAAAACUGACUCUGAGAGCUUACCCACCAUUAACAACGUGGUGCAGGAGGACAGAAUGAGCAUUGCGUUUUCACAGUACAAAAUCUGCAUGAAAUGUGGCUACGUCUUCCCCAGCGGGGAAAGCUUAAAGGAGCAUGAGAGACUACACUUUCGAACAUCUGAGGAGCUUUCUGAAGAACAGGCAAAGGCUGUAAGGAAGGCAGUGGUUAGUGACACCACUGAAAACUCCACAAAGGACCGUUUCCUCAGGUCUCUGAACUUGAGGCCAUCUGUGACACUAGACACUUCGAAAAGUCGCUUGUUUGCAAAGGGCAUUGCUGAACUGGACCCUGUGAGUAGCUAUCAAGCUUGGCAUUUGGCCACCAAGGGAAAAGUCGCAGAACUCACUGAGUACGCAAGGCACGGUGGGUUAGACGUGAAUCUUCCCAACGCUGACAUCACGUACGAUAAGCAUAAAGGAGAGUACAUUCUCUUUGAUGCUGAGAAGCGCAAACGAGAACAAGACACUUACAACAGCGGUUUUCCAAAGAGACGUAAUAGGACGAGUAGUGCGCCGGAGAGAGAUAGCCAGCUGACCGACUCUGGGGAGGGCAACAGUGGCACCGAUUUCAGAUCUGCGUCUCAUCACAGCAGGAGGUCAUCGCAGAAUAAAAGUACGGAGUGUUUGGAAUGCGGGAAGGCAUUCCGGACCUAUCAUCAGGUGGUGCUGCAUUCCAGAGUUCACAGAAAGAACAGAGGGAGUGAACGUGAAGGUGCACGGGCAUGUCAGGAGCUUAGGCGUGGUUCCACAAGUGAAGUGGACUCCACUUCAACCAGUAGGCCCAGCACUCCGAGCUCACCUUCAGCCCCAGAAGAUGCACUGGCACCAGGGCUGGUGGAAGAAGAUACCGACAGCUCCGAAGAGGGAAUGGAGGUGCAGAUGGUUAAUGAAGCACAGACAGAGUCAGAAAAAGGAGAAAAGCCAUACAAAUGUAUUCCUUGCGACUACACAGUGACUGAAUCACCUCCACUCAAGUGCCACUCAGCCUAUCAUCGCACGGCUCCUCAGAAUGAGUCUCAGGAAGACAUUCCACAUCCCACCAACAGGAUUCAUGACCCUUUGCCUGAUACACCAGGAAUCAGUCUUUCUUAUGGGGAUGCAACUUGCUGUUUGGAUGCUGAAGGGGUCGCUACAGCUUCUGGGGAAUAUGGUCCUAUUUCUGAAACACAAGUACUGAGGGGACAACAGGAAGAGGAGCUUACUGGAUCUUACGGAGUCACAGUAAAUAUCCUUAAGUCCAACUCACCACCAGGUUGUCAGAACACAUCAAACAGUGGAAGGAAUUCAGGGUCACCUCUAGUGGAGAAGUCAAAUUGCAACAUUUUAAGCGUUGAAGGACCUUCAGACGAAGCGGAUAAAGUGCACACCAAUGAGACCAACACAAAUACAGUUCAGGAUGAGUUUCCUUUGGAUUUGACCUUAACAUUUUUCAAAAACGUUACUUACAAGGAUAAUUUCUUUUUGAAGGGUUCAUCUACCUCACCGCCACAGGAUACGAUGGUCACACAUUUUUGCCAGUUUUGUAAUCACACAACCCUUUACCCUGAAGUGCUCCUGAUGCAUCAGCGUGUCCUACACAAGCUAGACCUCAAUAGGCCUGCUCCGAAAUGGCUAGCCAAGAAUGGGUUGAAAGCCAUGAACCACGACUUGGUCGGUGUUAAGAGGAGUCGACGCACAGGCCCUCCUCUCAUACUGAACGGUAAAGAGAGCUCUCCCACGCUCACCUCUAGACAGGUACAUGCCCACCCUGGGUGCCAAAGACAAUCACCAAUGCCCGAAGCGGCUGCCUUGUUGUCAGGGAUCGCCAGCCAGCUACUUGACCCAUCGCAGCCCAGAGUUUCCCUCCCUCUUGCAGGUCCAGGUCCAGAUUCUAACUGGUACCAGCGAGCAAACUGCCAUAAGCAGUAUGGUUUUAUUUCAGAACAGAAAGUGCAGUCAAAUGUACGUUUAGAGCACAAAACGUUACAAGCUGGUAAUUUUGAAAAUAAGUUUGUUAAUGGACAUGCCGCAGCUCUGAGGUAUGGAAUGCCAACCAAGGGUAUCACAAAAGAUCGAUUUUUUCAGGAGGUCGGUGUGGGUGGCUCCAUUUCUGGUAAUCAUUGCCAAUCGUACCCAACAAACAUCCAAAUCAGCCCAGAGCCAGAAUGCCAGAGCUUGCCCAGAGCGGCCCAGCAGACUAAGCCUAAAGCGAACGCUCUGUUUCAACCAGAGUGCGGGUCAGUAGGUGCAAGUGAGCUGACGUCAGGGCACUGCGCACAAGAUGGCAAGAUGAAUCCAUUGAUGCCACGCCACUCCAGUCCAGCGGGACUCUCUACGUCUUUACGCACUGUCGAGCAGGAGUCACCACCAGAACCGAGACAUAGGACAAAGCAUAUGGAUGCUUUUAACAUGCUGACGAGCUACGGCCCGCAAGAUCUGUCUUCUUUAUAUCAAAGCUGGGGAGCGAACAGUCCCUUUGUGGAUCCAAAACGCGAAACAAUGCAAAAGUCCUUCUGCAGUCCUCAAGUGGUGAUGGCAGAGAGACCUUUCCAAUGCAGAUACUGUCCUUACAGUGCCUCACAGAAGGGGAACCUGAAAACACACGUACAAUGUGUUCACCGCAUGCCAUUCGACAACACCCAGUACCCGGACCGCCGGUUCAGACUCUCGCGGAGUGACAUCGAUCUCUACAAAGCAAUGGAGAAACAGUUCGGUCAUUUUCCAACAGGCUGCCAGGCUUCAGGACCAGCAGUACUGGAAUGAGAUUGUCUCUGAACCUAUUCCUGGUCUGGAAAUUUCAGGAUAUUUCCAUUCACAUACAUUCACUGAG